AUGUCCAUCUUCCAGUGUAGUUCACAAAUAAGUACAGUUGAUAAAUACUUUAUUUUUUCCCAUAUUUUUGCAGAUUUCGAUAUAACCGAUGAUCUGCUCCGUCAGUCUUCAAAUAGUGAGCAAUUUUCGGACAGUGAAUCGGAAUGGAAUUAUGAAGCGGACGAGGAUGCGAUCAUCAUAGAAGACGUUGCCUCAUCGGUGGCCUUAACCAGAUUGGAGAAGAAUUCUGAAUUGGUCAACAAAACAACAUUAUUAAAGACCAACAUUUUCUUAGAGGAGCCAAUAGUGAGUCAUUUUUCCCAUUCUCAUGGCCAUGAUUAAUCCUGGUUGGCAACAAUUAAAAUCAUGCACUAUCAAGAUAACUGCAAAGCCGCUAUUUUAACAGUAUUUGAAAUCUUUAAACAUUAAACGCCCCCUUAAUGCCAGUGUGUUGACUAGGGGGCACUGAGUUUUGGCUGGACCCAAAACAUACGACUAUAGACCCUGCCAGCACCAGCCCCGCCUAGCCCCGCCUGGCCCCCUCAAUAAUGGCGGGGCUAGAGGGGGCUUUGAGGGGGCUAGGCGGGGCUGUGGAGGGGGCUGUGGCGGGACAUGCAACGCGAUAGCCCCGCCUAGCCCCGCCAGCGAAAAAAAAUGCGCAGGGGACGCCACAUUUCAGCCCACUUUUGGCACCACUUUAAAAUAUCGUCCCCAUUGUCAAAUAUACGAAUUAAUAACACACACAGAUUGUAAACCGGUGGACAAAUAAGAGUUUAAGCAAUGAGGGACUUAAACAAAACCUCAAUAUAUUGUGCUCAUCCGCAGCUACAUUCAGUGGGCGUAAACGGAUGCUUUCUCCAUGGUUUAUAAGCCAAUUUUGAUAAAUUAGCUCCUUUAAAUUCCAAAGAAGGUACAAUAAGUGGUGCUUUUGGAACAUAUCUUUCGAUGCAAAUACGCUUCAAAAGGCUUCAAUCCAGAGGGGGCUCUGGCCCCGCCCAGCCCCCUCCAGCCCCGCCUAUGAAGGAGCCAUGUGCUGGCAGGCGGGGCUCUGGCCCCACCCAGCCCCCUCCAGCCCCGCCUAUGAAGGGGCAAUGUGCUGGCAGGGGAGGCAUCGCCUAUGUCUUCUGAGUUUAAUAAGAAGUAAAGCGUCCACUGCGGCUCAGUGCGCAUCCCAUGUUGUCAGAAUGUCACUAAGACCUUAGAUAGAACACAUUUUAGUGGUCCAACUAAUAAUGCUUGUUGGGGAUACGUUGGAUGUCCCGAUUUUUUAAUGUCAUUAUGGUUCACAUAAAGUGAGAUUUGUUUUGUUUGCACACAAGACGCCGUCGUACAGAAGCCAAUUGAUUCUUUAGUUUCAAAUUACGGACUUUUGGCUUGCAGUUUUGUGCGCAUGGAUACCAGUCGUAAUCUGUCUUUAUUGUAGGAGAAUCAAGUAGAAAAUUUUCUUGCUAGAAUUCGCGACUGUCAACUGGUUGAAACUGAAGCAUUGCGGAAAAUUGAUCGCGAAGUUAAAAGUAUUUGCUCGACGUCCUCAGCCAAAAAGUUACAAAGGCAUUGCGGGACUAAUGGGUUUCAACGAGAACAAAAAGAAGCAACACUGA